GGGAAAUUUCACAGAGUAUCCAUUUCUUUGUAUAAACUGUUGGAAAUCUAUUACUGAUGGUAAACUCAUGAAAUUCUUUCCAGACGGUGUCUUUUCAGAAUUCGUUGGAUAUGGUCAGUUCGUCGCUUCCCAGCUCGAAGAUGGAAGCUCAAUUGUUUUUGGAAAUGUGAGAUGGAACAUUUUGUGACCGAUUUCUUUCGCAUUGGCGCGAUGUUUUCAAAGGGUGAUGAGCAAGACAUCUAAAGCAUCGUAAUUGUUAAUACGCCGAAAUGAUCAGUAACAUUAGCGCUAUUCAAACAAAGAAAGCUUCCUACAGAGAGAGAAAGUCGUCAACAUUGUGUCGACCAUCUUCUGGAUAUCCUUGUCUCGAUAGGCUCAAAAGACGCCGCCCAGAUGCCAAAGUGAUUAUCAAUGUUGGAGGACGUAGAUUUGUCACGUGGAAAAACACGCUGAAACGUUUUCCUCAAACGCUUCUGGGCUCAGAAGAGCUUGCGGCGCGUUUUUAUGACCAGGAUAGAAAGGAAUAUUUCAUAGAUCGCGAUCCGCAUUUAUUUCGAUAUAUACUAAAUUAUUAUCGUUGUGGCAAACUCCAUCGUUCGUUUGAAGAUUGCAAUGCAUCAUUUGAAGAUGAACUCUCCUUUUACGGGAUUAUGCCACAAGAGGUGCAUGACUGUUGUUUUGACGAUGAUAAUGAAAACGAUAACGCUGAUGAUAGCAAAAGCACAGGGUCCGGGUCGGUAUGCGACAAAACCGAACAUGUAGUAACUCGAAGUUUGAUAGGACGAGCUCGAAAUUGGAUUUGGGUUUUACUGGAAGGCGAGGCGGAUUCCGGCUUCAGAGCGUUUUUUGGGAUGGUCAUCAUAUACAUUGUGGGACUUUUUAUCAUUCUUAGUAUUUUUACAACUGUCUAUGAAACUGUACCUUGCGAAAACGUGGAGAAGGUUUGCAAGGAAAGAACUCGAAUCUUGGAUCUAUUGGACAAUAUUUGCGUGGGUGUUUUCAGCGUGGAAUUCUGUCUCAGACUUCUUGUCUGUCCGAAUAUUGUGGAAUUCGCUAAGAACCCGAUGAACAUCAUCGAUUUUUUAUCGAUCUUGCCUUUUUAUUUAACGCUGCUAUUAGAGUCUGUGGUAGGAUCAAACUUAGAAGCUUUUGUAGUUCUUCGAGUUUUGAGAAUAUUUAGAGUUUUCAAGUUAACAAGACAUUCCAAACGUCUGCAAAGAUUUGGCGCAGCUAUGGCCAGCUGUGUUGGAGAUCUCACCUCGUUGAUGUUUGUUUUAAUUAUUGCUGUCGUGGUUUUUGCAAGUAUGAUAUACUUUAUUGAGCGCGACGCUGUGGAAGGAAAGUUCAUUAGUAUUCCUGACAGUAUGUGGUAUACCAUCGUUACCAUGAUCACACUGGGGUAUGGAGACAUGGUCCCGUCCACAUUUUUAGGUCAGACUGUAGGAGCCAUAUGUUGCGUGGCUGGCGUCAUACUGGUCGCUUUGCCGAUACCUAUAAUUCAAGAGAAAGACAUCUUCAAGAAACAGAUGCUUAGCGUUUAUAAUGUGGACGAUUUGCAAAAGAAAAUUAAGCAAAUGAGGAAAAGUGCGGACAGACCAGAGCGAGGAGAUCCCUCGUGAAUUUACUAACCUCGCAAACUCUAAUAUCGAUAUACGCAUUCUCAUUUUCUACUUCCAUACUUUGCUUGUUAUAAUGGUUGGGAGAAGGUACUUUUUGGUCAGGGACUAAGAGAGACUGAAACCAAGAGACUGAGUCCUUUACGGGAUAAAAUUUCCUAGAGUGACAAGAGGAAUUCUGGAGCAGUUAAAUUCGUUUUGCUUUACUGUGUCCUAUGAUUGUUUUUAGAGAAGCUCGCGUCUCUCUCUCAAUCAAUGAGAUGCAAAACUAAUACCAUAAACGUUUUGAUGGCACCUGCGUUUUCCUGCGCUUCUGGCAGUUUAAUAUUGUUUUUGGGGCUUUUACUUCUCAUCAGCUGCUUGCAGUAAUUUCCUUUUGUCUGAUUGGCUGUUGAAGGCGGUAACCUUCAUUUUGUCUUCAUAAUAACACUGAAGUGAAACCCGGCUUGUUGGUUUUACUCCGGAAAUUAUCCCUAUCAUUUAACCUUAGAAAAAUAAAACAAUGUUAUAUU